AAUAGUGGCGGGGGGUCUAUAAACAGAUCUCUCUUCCUACCUAAUGUCCUUCUCUUCUCUCCCAAAGCCCUAAAUUCUCUCUCUUCUCUCUUUGGGAUCUAUGGCUUCGGUAUCUAAGCUCACCUGCUCUAGUUUUGCGGGCGCAGCUUCGCUUUCCUCGACGGCAUCCCGAUCGUCAGAGCCCAAGCUUUCUGUUGGCUUCCGAUUGCGGGCUCCGAUCGGGCGGCGCUCUUCUUCUUUGAGCCUUUCUGUAAGCGGAAAUCGCGCCGGGGGAUUCUCCUUGAUCAGUGUGAAGUGUUCUCAAGAUGGAAAUGGAUCCACGACAAAGCGAACAACCCUCCACGACCUAUAUGAAAGCCAAGGACAAUCACCGUGGUAUGAUAAUCUCUGCCGUCCUGUUACAGAUCUUUUGCCGCUCAUAGCUAGUGGGGUUAGGGGUGUCACCAGCAAUCCAACGAUCUUUCAGAAGGCGAUCUCGUCAUCCAAUGCUUAUGAUGAACAAUUCGGGCAACUCAUUGCGUCAGGAAACGAUAUUGAAAGUGCUUAUUGGGAACUUGUCAUAAAGGACAUUCAAGAUGCUUGCAAACUGUUUGAAUCUAUUUAUGAGCAAACAGAUGGAGGAGAUGGUUAUGUUUCAGUUGAAGUCUCUCCUAGACUUGCUAAUGAUACAGAUGGUACCAUUGAAGCUGCAAAAUGGUUGCACAAAGCGGUUAGUCGUCCCAAUGUUUACAUAAAGAUUCCAGCUACUGCAGAUUGUGUUCCUUCUAUCAAAGAAGUAAUUUCCAACGGUAUAAGCGUCAAUGUUACGCUGAUAUUCUCACUUGCUAGAUAUGAGGCAGUUAUUGAUGCUUACUUGGAUGGUCUUGAGGCGUCUGGGCUAAGUGAUUUAUCUAGGGUAACUAGUGUGGCAUCCUUCUUCGUCAGCCGUGUUGACACUCUUGUGGAUAAACUGCUUGAAAAGAUUGGGACACCUGAAGCACUUAAUCUCCGAGGAAAGGCAGCUGUAGCUCAAGCAACCCUGGCAUACAAGCUCUAUCAGAAGAAAUUUUCUGGACCCCGUUGGGAUGCUUUAGUUAAGAAAGGUGCUAAGAAGCAGAGACUGCUAUGGGCCUCAACAAGUGUCAAGAACCCUGCAUAUCCUGACACACUUUAUGUUGAUCCUUUAAUCGGCCCUGACACGGUGUCGACAAUGCCCGAUCAGGCCUUGCAAGCCUUCAUCGACCAUGGAACUGUCUCGAGGACCAUCGACGCCAAUGUUUCCGAGGCCGAAGGCGUCUAUAAUGCGCUUGAGAAGUUAGGUAUUGACUGGAACGAGGUUGGGGCUCAGCUUGAGCUUGAGGGUGUCGACUCUUUUAAAAAGAGCUUCGACAACCUGCUUCUCAGCCUGCAAGAGAAAACUGACACUCUCGAACUGGUUAGCCAUUAAGAUUUCUCAUUUGCCUUAAGAGUUCUUUUCCUUGCAAUAACUGGCGCUGGAUUUUACUAUGUUCUACUAGAGAUUUUUCUUUCAUGUAUUCCACAGCGCACAUUCAUAUUUAGUUGGUGGGAAUGCUAUGUUCUGUUGUUUGUAAUGUGCAUUGUUGAGAAAGGAUUGUAAUAUUGUGCUUGAUCUUACAUAUAUUUUAUGGACUACAUUAUAUAGAGAAAUAAAUUUGGUGGGUGUUUAGUUAUA